AUGUGAUGGCGGAUGGUGGGCAUUGUUGGCACAAUGACGUUAUACUGGCUAGUUGCUUUGAUGUUGGUGGGAGGUAAGAUGGUCGACGGGACGGCGGAGGUCAUGAGUCAUGUGACUGCGCAUUUUGGGAAGGCUCUGGAGCAAUGCCGCGAGGAGUCCCAGCUGUCCCCAGAAGUCUUGGACGAGUUCCAUAACUUCUGGCGCGAGGAUUUCGAAGUGGUCCACCGUGAGCUGGGCUGCGCCAUCAUGUGCAUGUCCAACAAGUUCUCCCUAAUGCAAGAUGAUGCGCGCAUGCACCAUGAGAAUAUGCAUGACUACAUCAAGAGCUUCCCUCAAGGUGACGUACUCUCCGCCAAGAUGGUCGAGCUGAUCCACAACUGCGAGAAGCAAUACGACGACAUCCCCGACGACUGCAACCGCGUCGUCAAGGUCGCAGCCUGCUUCAAGGUCGACGCCAAGAAAGCAGGCAUCGCGCCCGAGGUCGCCAUGAUUGAAGCGGUGCUGGAGAAGUAUUGAAACCCAAUGGCAGAACUUUGAAUUGAAAAUGAUACUGGUGGAUAGAUAAA